UUUUUACUUUUUCUUUGUUUUAUUAUAUCAUGGAAGAAUAUAUGACUACUUUAUCACCAAGAAAAGUAGAACAAAAUAAUAAUAUUAUAUCUUCAAAAACUAAUGUUUCUCCAUUCCUUGAUGCUUGUCGAACUGCUCAUGAAAACGCUACAAAAGAAUUUGAUCAGUUUUAUGGUUACAUAUCAAAAGUCAUGACUCCUAGACGUUCACAACAACAACAAAAUAAUCGUAUAAAUAAAAUCCAUAAAAAAACACCAAGAAUAACUUCAAGAAUAAAACAAGAACUUGAACAACGACACAAUACUACUAAAAACUCUUCUUCACUUACACCACUUAUGGAAAGACAAUCCUUGGCAACUCAACCAAUUACUUUUAUGCAUGACACUCCAAAUACAAGUAAUCGAUAUAUUACUAGUCCUACAACUUAUCGUCAUCGACGUCAACAAGAUUAUCCACCCCCAAGGCCAAUGACUUUGACACCUGAAACUAUACGAACAAGUUCAACUAACAAUAAUAAUCUUAUUCUUGAUGCUGAUAAUGAUAUGGAAGAGGACCGUUAUCAAGGAAGAAGAAAUACCUAUAUACAUAGUCCACAUCGUACUGCUCCAAGUUCAAGUCGUUCUAGUACUACACCUUCACGAUUAUUCAACUAUUCAUCCAUUAUCAACAAUGAAGAUAUUGUCGCGUCCUGUCCUUCUUCACCAAGUGUUGUUUUACAUGAUCAGCUACUCGAUGAAUCACGACGAUUGGAACUCCUUCAGCAGAAAGUACUUCUUGUUCAACAACAAUCCUCGCUAUUGGCCAAUUUUACUACUACUACUACUACUACUAAUGUUUCGCCAUCCUAUGAAAGAACAGCUCUAUUCAAGAACAAAAGUCUGGACCAAUUGGAUGAACCUAUCACUACAUCGGUACCAUCAACUCAUUCUUCACAAUAUGCCAACCCAUCUCGUUCCAGUGCAACAAAAUAUUAUCCUACACCAACUUCUUCUUUGACUCAAACUACAAAUGUCCCAAAACAAUCAUUAUCGUCUAUUCCAUCACCACCACCACCUCCUCCUCCAGUAUUUACGACAAGUACUCCACUAACUGUUCCAAUCUCCUCAUUCCCAUCUGAUCAAAACCCUCGACAUCCUGUAUUUUCAGCACCCUCCGCCAAACUUGCAUCCUAUUCAACUUCAUUAUCAACACCUAUACCGUCCAAUCGAUCUUCCAUCCAUCAUACCUCUAAGACUGAACCUGGAUUGAUACCAUCCUCAUCGCCACUUGGACAACAGAAACAGACCAUGACUAACGUAUUAAGUGAUAUUCCCAAAGCUAAAUUACGAUCUGCUGAAACAAUUACAACUCCCAAUGGUAGUCGAAUCAAGAAUAAAUUCUGGUCAGAAAUCCAUGGUUCAAAAAAUGAUACAUCAUCAUCAUUUGAUGCUAGUCAAAGGAAAAGAAAGAAUUUGGAAGAUGAAGAAUUAUUCUGGAUGAAUAAAGAUGAUCAACCAAAGGAAAGUCAGUGGAAGGAUCGAUUGGAAAAAGUGAAAACCUUGGAUCAAGAACUAUAUCAAGCAAACGAUAAGUACACCCAAUGGCAACAAGAUGAACAACAACGACAUAUUCAAUCUCGGGCCUUUUCCUUACAACACAAGCCUCAUCCAUCUGAUUUGUUUGAAGAACUAUCUCAUACUCUGAAUCAACAAGCCAAAAAAAAUCAACACAACAACGAAGGACAACAAAGAAUGAUUGAUGGUGACGAAUGGACUUUUGGUGGCCAACAUUAUUCUGUACAAGAAAGAAAAUGAUCCUCUUUCCCAAUCUUAUGUUAGUAGUUUCUUUAUUUAGAUUGUUUAUAAAUAAUAAACAUAAAAAAGAGAAAAUACUAUUAUUCCUUUUUUUACUUUUUUAUUGAAAUCUUUC